AUGAAGACCUUCGUGACGGAGUCGACGUUCGCCGAGAUCGCGGCGGCCGGGCUCGACCACGUGCGCAUCCCGUACAGCUACUGGGCGGUGCAGACGUACGGCGCCGACCCGUACGUGUUCCGCACGUCGUGGCGCUACAUGCUGCGCAGCAUCGAGUACGCACGCCGUUAUGGUUUGCGCGUCAACCUCGACCUGCACACGUUGGCCGGGUCGCAGAACGGCUGGAAACACAGCGGGCGCCAGGGCAUAGUGCGCUGGUUCAACGGCACCGACGGCGACCUCAACGCGCAGCGCUCGCUCGACAUGCACGACCGGCUCUCGGAAUUCUCUUCAUCUUGUCUUGUCAGUCUCGAGAUGCUCGCGCUGAUGUUCGAGGCUCGAAUGGUAAGCACGGAUCCGCCUCUGAUGGACGUCAGCAUCUCGUGA